ACAGCUGGAGUUGGAGCAACUGGGAAACUUGACUCGUCUUUUCCUCCCAGACCUGUUCUGGCCUUGCUGGGAGACCCUGGAGCUGCCUUAGCGACGGGCUGGCUUCUCUCAAGAGCCGCAGCAGGCCUGCCAGGGCCUGUCACCAUGCCGCCGAAGGAAGGGGAGAAGGGCAAGAAGGGGGCCAAGGAGCCGAAUCCUCUCAGCAAACCCCCCGAGGAGCCCCUCACGGAGGUGACCCGGGAAUUCUACCUCAUCCAGAUUCGGGAUCUGGAGAGCCGGCUGGCCAGGUACCAGCGGAGAUGGGACGAGUUGGUGGUGGAGGAGAAGCUCUUCCGCCUGGAGUUUGAGCAGCUGGCCAACAGCAAGAAGGAGAUCGUGGCCUUCCUCAAGCGCACCCUCAACCAGCGGGUGGACGAGAUCACCGACCUGAAUGAACAGCUGCAGGGCCUGCAGCUCUCCAAGGAGGCGGAGAAGGACGCCUUCGAGGCCCAGCUGGCUCAGGUCCGCCAUGAGUUCCAGGAGACCAAGGACCAACUCACCACGGAGAACAUGGUGCUGGGGGGGAAGCUGGCUGCCCUGGAGGACUUCCGACUUCAGAAGGAGGAGCUGAUGGCCCAGUUUGCGCUGCUGGAGGAGCAGCUGAAGAAGCAGGAGUUGGAAUACAAGGAGCACAUCUACCACCUGGAGAAGAAGGCCGUGCUGGACAAGGACAACCUGAAGAAGGAGAUCAUCCAGCGGGUGAACACCGUGGCGGCCGAGUUCCGCAAAAUCUCCUCCAGCCAGAUAGCGGAGACGACCAGGCGGGCCAUCCGGGAGAACAUGACGGUGACCCUGCAGCUGGCCAGCACGUCCUCCCGCAGCCUGGCCCUGCUGCAGGAGAACGAGCAGCUGCACUGCAGCCUGCGGGAGAUGCGGAAACAGCUGGACCUGCUGCAGUGCACGGAGAAAGCCAUGGCCAAGAGCAGCCUCGGCAACAAGAAGAUGAUCCAGCUGCUGAGCGAGAAGUGUCGGGAGCAGCAGCAAGGGGUGGAAGAGGCUGGUCAGCUGAGGAAGGAGCUGGGCAGGCUGAAAGUCGCCUUUAAGCAGCUGCAGAGCACCAACCAAGCCCUGAGGAAGGAGGUGAAGCGGCUGGAGGAAGAGGUGGAGCAGCGGAAGGAGGAGGGGCAGCGGCUGGACCAGGAGCUGGAUGGGGAACUGAAGCAGAGGCAGAACCUGGAGCAGGUGUUAGCCCAGGCCACCUACUCCCUCAAAGACAUCCUGUCGGAGCGGCCACCCGCGGAGGAUGGCCACUUCGAUGUGCGGUUCCAGCUGCGGCGCAAUGAGCUGCUGCAACGCCUGCUGGUCCAGCUGAGCAGGAUCGCGGCCGCCCAACUGCACGUCCCCGAGUUUGUGCCCCCGCCGGCCGCCGAGCCCCAGGAGCAGAGCCCUGCCGAGUCCCCGCUGGGGCCCCUGCUCCAGCAGCUGGGCAGAGUGGCACACUACAGGCCGGGGGACCUGGGGCUCAUCCCCCGCCCGCUGCCCGCCCACCCCAACCCCCACGACAUCGCCCUGCUCUCGCGGACCAGCCGGCUCGGCCCCCUCCGGGCCUCCAUCACCUCCCAGACCUCUGUUCCUCCCCACAAGAAGGGGGCAAAGCAGGGCAAGCUGCCUGCUCUCCCACGGCCCAGCCAGUAGGAAAAGGAAGGACGCAUUUAUCCCUCAAAAGACACUGGCUGAGUCCAGCUCGGCCUGACUCCCCGCCUUUAUUCCCCUCCCUCCUCGGGGUCGGGGGGCACUCGGUGGGUGGGGGGUGAGGACCUGUUCUAUAAAGCGGCUAUUUUACA